GGCCCCUCGCUUCCAGCGACCCCGCCGUGCCUCUUCACAGUGUCACCUUGGCCCCGGCUGCUGCAGGUGGACUGUCCGGCCCACAGGCAGGCACAAUCACAGGUAGGGAGCCGGGAAUCGCAAACGGAGCGGCCCAACCAUGACGUCUCCCAAGAGCAAGACGUCCCCGAAAGCCAUCAAGUUCCUCUUCGGAGGCUUGGCCGGGAUGGGCGCCACCGUGUUUGUGCAGCCCCUGGACCUGGUGAAAAACCGCAUGCAGCUGAGCGGUCAGGGCACCAAAGCCCGCGAGUACAAGACCAGUUUUCACGCACUGGCCUCUAUCUUGAAGAACGAGGGCAUCAGCGGGAUCUACACCGGCCUGUCUGCAGGUCUGCUGCGUCAGGCUACCUACACCACUACGCGUCUAGGCAUCUACACCAUUUUGUUCGAGAAGAUGACGUCAGCCGACGGACGCCCGCCAAACUUCUUCCUCAAGGCGCUGAUCGGGAUGACGGCUGGCGCAACGGGAGCGUUUGUUGGCACGCCGGCCGAGGUGGCGCUCAUCAGGAUGACGGCGGAUGGCCGACUUCCGGUGGAUCAGCGACGAGGCUACACCAACGUUUUUAACGCUCUGGCUCGGAUCAUGCGCGAGGAGGGCGUCACCACUCUCUGGAGGGGCUGCAUUCCCACCAUGGCAAGGGCUGUGGUGGUCAACGCCGCCCAGUUAGCAUCUUACUCGCAGUCCAAGCAGGCACUGCUAGACUCUGGCUACUUCGGCGACGACAUCCUGUGUCAUUUCUGCGCCAGUAUGAUCAGCGGCCUGGUCACCACGGCGGCGUCCAUGCCGGUUGACAUCGUCAAGACCAGGAUUCAAAACAUGAGGAUGAUUGACGGCAAACCCGAGUACAAGAACGGUCUGGAGGUGCUGGUGCGCGUGGUGGGAAAAGAGGGCUUCUUCUCGCUGUGGAAAGGCUUCACGCCGUACUACGCUCGCCUCGGACCGCACACCGUGCUCACCUUCAUCUUCCUGGAGCAGAUGAACCGCCUGUACAAGACCUACGUGCUCGACCGCUAACAAACACGCACAAAAGUGUUUUAAUUUAAUUUUUUGUAAAAAGGAUGGAACGAAUAGCUAUUUAGAGUAUGGUUUUGAGCUUCGGAUGAUUAUGAUGAGGGUCCAUUAAAAAACAAAAAACACGGGACUAUUGAUUGGACUUUUGUCAAUGCUGUUUUGUAGUACGUGGACAAACACAUAUUUGGAAAUACGCAAAAACUGAUAAGUCCCAUGGACAUUUACAGAAUGAAAAACAUGAGUGUGUACACAAAACAUACACUGUAAGACUACAUUGACAGUGCAGGUCAAUUGCCAUAUCUUAACGUAGUUAGCUCGUAGCCACAUCUUGCUACAGAAGCACACAGGCUUAAAGUUGUCAUGUGAAACUCGACACAUGAUGACGUCACUCAAAGGCACAAACUGUACUAUCUGUUACGUAAUUGUCAGUAUGCCCGUUGUACUUACACAUAAAUGGACGAUUUUGUAUGGUGCUUGUCCGCACAACGUCCGAUCUGGGUCAAAAUGGAUCGGACGUCUAGCGCUGUCAACGGCACUGAAAAUUUAGCAAAAAAAUUUGCAAUUAACCAACGGGUUUUAUAGAUAUACAUGUCCAGCAAAUUUGUGAUUUAAAAAAAUAUAUAUAUUAACCCUAUCAGGCACAAUUCUCAGUUUUUGUUUUACCCUUAUUGGCUGCAGUUGAUGGCACUAUGGACAUCCAGUCCAUUUUGACUGAUUAUAAUUACAAAAUAUCAUACGAUAAUGAUUCAUAAUUUAAAAAAUAAAAUUGCUAGUACUGAAUUGUCUUAAAAUAGUGUCAACCUUUGAAUAGUUAGUCGUCACAAGUGUCCCCUAAGGGGUUAUUUAAAACAAGCACUAGUGGUGCUAGUACAGGCUAAAAGCACAUGUUACAGUGCGCUUGCAUCUGUCUUUGCUUGAACUUGAACAGCUACACGCACAAAAAAUCUGAAUUAUCCCCCCCAAAAAAUCCGCAUUCUGCAUCACAUGCUGUAAACAUAGAGACACAAACGUAGCUACAGUGGUCUGAAAAAGUAUCUGAACCUUUCUAACAUUUCUGCAUAAAAUCACCAUCAAAUGUGAUCAAGAUGAAAAUACAGUGUCUGCUUUAACU